UGGGCCCUGAGGAAGUGCACUCCUCAGCCAAUCAGCGCCCUGCCAGGCCGGUGGAUUCGGUUACAAGCCCAAGAUCACCCCACACUCCAGCCUCUUUCCUCCUCCUCCCCCCCCCGCAGCUCCAUUCAUUGGUCCCGCCGCCGCCGCCGCACUGGGCCUGCUGGACUCUGCUUCCGUCCCACCGCUCAGCUGCUGCCUCGUGGGGCCACCAAGGGCAGGCAUCCCAGGGGCUUUGUCUUACUGGGCUGGGCCAGUGCAGAAUGCGGGUUCUGGCAGGGCUGUUCAAGAUGCUGGGCUUCCUGGGGGUGGCCCUGGGGAGCUCCCCUGCCCUCUAUUGGCACAGCACCUCCUGCCACUUGGCCAAGCCCAUCCCUGGCAACCCCCUGGGGUCCCUGAGUUUCCUGGCCAAGGAUGCCCAGAGACUGGUCCUGAUCCAUGCCCACUGGGAUGCGCAUAGGAGGCUGCAGGCAUGUAGCUGGGAGCAUGAGCCAGAGCUCACUGCAGCCUACAGUGCCCUCUGUGCUCAUCAGACUGCCCGCGGCUCCUUCACCCACACCCCUGGACCUGAGCUGCAGAGAGCACUGGCCACUCUUCAGAGUCAGUGGGAGGCAUGCCGAGGGCCUGAGGAGAGUCCAGCAGGGGCCAGGAAGAAGCGAGCAGCUGGGCCGAACGGAGAGCCUGGUGGAGGGCACCAGCGAGAGAAGAGAGGAUGGACCAUGCCUGGCACGCUGUGGUGUGGACUUGGAGACUCUGCUGGGAACUCCUCGGAGCUCGGGGUCUUCCAGGGACCUGACCUCUGUUGCCGGGAACACGACCGCUGCCCGCAGAACAUCUCACCCUUGCAGUACAACUAUGGCAUCCGAAACUACCGAUUCCACACCAUCUCCCACUGUGACUGUGACACCAGGUUUCAGCAAUGCCUGCAGAACCAGCGCGACUCCAUCUCGGACAUCGUGGGCGUGGCCUUCUUCAACGUGUUGGAAAUUCCCUGCUUUGUGCUGGAGGAGCAGGAGGCGUGUGUGGCGUGGUACUGGUGGGGCGGGUGUAGGAAGUAUGGCACGGUGCCCCUCGCUCGCCUCCAGCCCAGGACCCUCUACAAUGCCUCCUGCAGCUCCCAGACCACUUCCCCAACUCCCAGCCCCCAGAGCCCAGCCUCUCCCAAGCCUGGACAGAAGCAGCACCUUUGGAAAUGGCCUCCACAGCAGAAAGGGUCCAAGCACCCCAGCAAAGCCAGCACCACAGCCCUCCAAGACCGUGUGGUCUCUCCUGGACUUGAUGUAGCCCUCACAGGCUUCCAGGUCUCACAGGGUGGACUAAAACUUCAGGGUGCCCACCGCGUCUGCCGCAGCUUCCGCCGCCACCUGGACCAGUGUGAGCACCAGAUUGGGCCCCAGGAAACCAAGUUCCAGCUGCUCAACGGUGCCCAUGAGCCCCUCUUCCACUGCAACUGCACACGCCGUCUGGCACGUUUCCUGAGGCUGCACAGCCCACCCGAGGUCACCAACAUGCUUUGGGAGCUGCUGGGCAUGACCUCCUGCUUCAAGCUGGCCCCUCCACUGGACUGUGUGGAAGGCAAAGACUGUUUCAGAGAUCCUAGGGCCAUCAAGGUGGCAGCCCGGCACUUGCGGAGGCUUCAGCAGAGGCGACGCCAGCACCAGGAUAAAAGCACAGACGAGAAGCAGGCAUGGCCUUCAGAGCCCUGGAGAGGCCCCGUGUCAUUCCACAACCAAUGCCUGCAGCUAACCCAGGCAGCCAGGAGAGCUGACAGGCAGAAAUCCUGGAGCCAGUGACCUGUUUCAGCUUUCCCGGGCACCAUCCUGGACCUUGCCCGAGGCUUUGCCAGACCCUAGGAAUCCCGGCCUCCUCUCCAUAGGUUAGACUGAAGCAUGGUAGAAGCUCUUGUGGACAAUCAGGAGGCGGAAUGGGGGCGGAUCUCAAGGCCCAAAUGCUGGACGACCGUGUCUCCUGCUGUGCUGGGUGACCUUGAGCUGAGACACAACUCUUUUGUGCCUGGACGUGGUGUUCAGGAAGCUCAUUCUGAUGCCCUGGGCUUUGGCCUUGACGGUGAGCAUCACAUACAGAUGGGAAUGAGGAAAGGGUAACUUAUUGCAGCAGCCCCAGGCAGUACCAGGAGGAGGUACAUAUGUGUCCAUGUUGCAAAAAUAAUCCAUGCCUCAAAAACCUGUCUAGGGGAGCCCCAGUGCCUGGCUGUUGUGGCCUGGGGUAGCAGGUGGGAAGUUAGGGAUGUCACAGAAAUGUCUGUGUCUGAAUCCAGGAUUGGGGUGGAUGUUGGAGAGGGCUUCUCCUCCCCAGGGCAGCCCCUUCUUUUAAGCUGAUGUGCCCUUCCUGGCCCAGCCCUAAACCUAAAUUCAAAUCUCCUCCGUGCCUUGGUACAAGGGACCUCCCUCUUACACUCUAAGCCUUAGUUUCUGCCUCUGAAAAAAGGGGGUCUCUAAACAGGAGCUACCUCAUAGGUUUGUUGAGGAUUAAGUGAACCAAUACAUAUAUCACACUUAGCACUUAGCACAUAUUCCCUCCCACCACAACUAGCUGAACUGUGGUUUGGUGUCUGAUUUUGAGGGGUUGAUGAGGCCUCUUAAAAGCCUCAAUUUGCUCACUUGUGAAAUGGGUCUAAGAAUAACACUGAACCCACAGGAUUGUGGUGCAGAUUAAAAGAGAUGGCAUGUAGAAUGCA